CUGAACAGAGACGCUUCUAAAAUGGCCGCUGUGGUAGCAGCUCAGGAACUUGAUGAGCUAUGUUUCCUGUCGGCCCAGUCCAUGUCAAGUCUGAAGACCUCCAACCACUUCCAGAUGGUCAAACUCCUGGGAGAGGGUUCCUACGGCAAGGUCAUGUUGGCCAUACACAAAAAGAGAGGCACUCCCAUGGCUUUGAAGUUCUUCCCGCGUAAGUCGACCUCCCUCAUCUCGUUCCUGCGUGAAUACAACCUGUCGCUCUCCUUCUGCACCCACCCGUCUCUGACGAGAGCCCUGGGCAUCUUCUUCUCCACGCCGACCUACUACGUCUUCGCCCAGCAGGCGGGCCUCUAUGGGGACCUGUACAGUGUCAUCGUGUCAGAGGAGGGAGUUGGGGAGGAGUGCGUCCAGAGGGUGAUGUCCCAGCUGAGCGGCGCCGUGUCACACCUCCACUCUCUGGGCUUUGUCCACCGGGACAUCAAGCCGGAGAACAUCUUCCUGUGCGACAGCUCCUGUCGCUGGGUCAAACUGGGGGACUUCGGCCUCGUCCGUCCCGUUGGCUCCACGGUCCGGGCUGUGUGGUACGACUCCCCCUUCUGCACUCCUGAGGUGGAGCCGGCCAAGGAGUUGGAACUGGAGGUGGAGCGAGGGAACAGAGAGCCGGAGGACAUCUGGAUAACGGUGGAGACCAGCAUCGAUAGCUGGGCCCUCGGGGUGCUGGUUUACUGCCUGCUGACCGGCUGCUUCCCCUGGGCAGAGAGUACCCACGACGACGCCAGCUACCGCAGGUACAAGGCGUGGCUCGACCGUGAGGCCAAAGAGGAGGAGGGGAACGACGGGGGCCGGCGGGGUCACGAGAAGGAAACGGAGACGAACGACCCCAGGCUAAUCGGGGAGGAGAAGCCGACGAGCAACCCUCCCCCUCCUCAGUUUGCGGGCCUCAGCAGCCUCGUGAUGACUCUUUUGAGGGAGCUGCUGCACCCAGAGCCCAAGCUCCGCGGGAGCCCGGAGGAAAUCCUCUGCUACCUCGGAGGGCCGUGGCUGAUGGAGACGGAGAAAGAGGAGAGGAGGAAGGCGGAGGAGGCGGCGAAGGAGGCUCGAAAAAUAAGGGAGGGAGCGGGCGUGGAGGAGGAGCGGGCGAGGGAGGGACGAGGGGAGAGAUAAUGUAAUGUUCUGUGAAAUAAAUCUGUAAACUGGGGAAAAUUUCUGUUAGUGUAAUUAAAAGUGUAAUUACUUUGAUAUUGAACACAUAGUUCAGAGUGUCGUUACAGGGUCAUGCUGAAUGUACUGUACAUACGAUGGGGUGCUGUACUUUAUUGUUUUUGCGCUAUUGUAAAUAGCUCUGUCUAUCACUUUGCUGUGUAUAUGUGUGCAAGGGAAGCGAAAGAAUAGUCAAAGCAUGACGGGUUGAAGACCCGCGCUGUACUAUAACGCCUGUAAUAUAGGUUGUGGAGUUGCAAUG